AUGAAAAUUGAAAAGAAAAAUGAAAGUAUAGUAAAAGAUAAAACGGUGGCAUUUGGCAAUAGGGUUCAUAUUUUUGUGGCUUUCGGCCUUCUAAGGCAACUCGCUUCUUCUCAAAUAUUCUUUGCUGACGGCGGCGAAACCUCCUCUAUGAUCAACCUCGCCUUCGUCUCAUCAUCUCACCUCCAUUCCAAGUUGCUAAGAAGCUUUGUUAAGAAGUUAGUUAGGAGGUUACAGCAGGGCCCGGUUUUGAUUAUGAAGAGCAGGGUUCUGGAAUUUGGAAAAAUGGUUGGAGGGGUUGGAGGUUAUUAUUGCAUUUUGCUAGUUUUAGUUAAUAAACCUCCUUGGACAGUUGUUGUUACAGUUGGUAAAAAAGUUUGUUAG